AGGAAGAGUCGGGUCAAGUGAGCAUCAUGCGUGGGACUGGCGGUGGCAGCGAGAUUGGAGUGGAUGCAGGGGCGUGCAGCUGCGCCGUGGCCCAGCUGGGCCAUAGCCGUGUGCAGUGCCGUCCUCCGCUCUCCUGUGCACAGCGCUAGCAAAGGUUUGGUGCCUCGUGCUGGUUCCUUUGUCAUGAGCUUGACAGUCUUGGAAGAGCCGUAGCUUCUGCCAACUUGUCACGCAGCUGUCAGCCCAUGCCUGAGCUGCCUGGGGCUGGAGUGUGUGCCCCAUGUGCUGGGGGCGCUCGCCCCAGGAAGCAGCACACAUUGAAGCUGAGAUCUUGUUUUCAUCCUUGGUUCCCCAGGCUUGAAAACUCAUGCUCCACCUUCCCUCGCACAAGAAGUGACGCCACACUCGCGUCCUCACAGCCCCAAAGCGAAGUGUGCAUUUCAUGUGAACCAUGAAAGACAGCGACACAGAGCUCGAAGCAGAUAACCUGAGGACAAUGGAUACCGAGGAGGGACAGGACCUGUCCCAGGUUUCAGGGAAGGAGAGCCCCCCGGUGAGUGAUGCUCCAGAGGACGGCGAUGAGCCCAUGCCAGUCCCCGAAGACCUCUCCACCACAUCCGGCGGACAGCAGAGUUCCAAGAGCGACCGAGGAGCGGCCAGUAAUGUUAAAGUAGAGACUCAGAGUGAUGAAGAGAAUGCGCGUGCCUGUGAAAUGAAUGGGGAAGAAUGUGCGGAGGAUUUACGAAUGCUUGAUGCCUCGGGAGAGAAAAUGAAUGGCUCCCACAGGGACCAAGGCAGCUCGGCUCUGUCGGGAGUUGGAGGCAUUCGACUUCCGAACGGAAAACUAAAGUGUGAUGUCUGUGGGAUCAUUUGCAUCGGGCCCAAUGUGCUCAUGGUCCACAAGAGAAGCCACACGGGGGAGCGGCCUUUCCAGUGCAACCAGUGCGGGGCCUCCUUCACCCAGAAGGGCAACCUGCUGCGCCACAUCAAGCUGCACUCCGGCGAGAAACCCUUCAAGUGCCACCUCUGCAACUACGCCUGCCGCCGCCGGGACGCCCUCACCGGCCACCUGCGCACACACUCCGUUGGUAAACCUCACAAAUGUGGAUAUUGUGGCCGAAGCUAUAAGCAGCGAAGCUCUUUAGAGGAACAUAAAGAGCGAUGCCACAACUACUUGGAAAGCAUGGGCCUUCCAGGCACGCUGUACCCAGUCAUUAAAGAAGAAGCCAACCACAGUGAGAUGGCAGAAGACCUGUGCAAGAUGGGGUCCGAGCGCUCCCUCGUGCUGGACAGACUCGCAAGCAACGUCGCCAAACGCAAGAGCUCCAUGCCUCAGAAAUUCCUCGGGGACAAGUGCCUGUCGGAGCUGCCUUACGACAGCGGCGCCGGCUACGAGAAGGAGAACGAGAUGAUGACGUCGCACGUCAUGGACCAGGCCAUCAACAACGCCAUCAACUACCUGGGCGCCGAGUCGCUGCGCCCGCUGGUGCAGACGCCGCCGGCGGGAGGCGGCGAGCCCGUGCCCGUGCUCAGCCCGCUCUACCCGCUGCACAAGCCGCCCGAGGCGCCGCCGCCCGCGCGCCCCAACCACGCGGCGCAGGACGGCGCCGUGGAGAACUUGCUGCUGCUCUCUAAGGCCAAGGCGGCGUCGGCAGAGCGCGAGGCGUCCCCGAGCAACAGCUGCCACGACUCGACGGACACGGAGAGCAACGCCGACGAGCAGCGCGGGGCCGUGGGCGGCGGCGGCCUCAUCUACCUGACCAACCACAUCACGGCCCACGCGCGCAACGGGCUGGGCCUCAAGGAGGAGCCGCGCGCCUACGAGGCGCUGCGCGCGGGCGCCGAGGGCGCGCACGAGGCGCUGCGCGUGCUGGGCACGGGCGGGGAGCCGCUCAAAGCCUACAAGUGUGAACACUGCCGCGUGCUCUUCCUGGACCACGUCAUGUACACCAUCCACAUGGGCUGCCAUGGCUUCCGGGAUCCUUUCGAAUGCAACAUGUGCGGUCACCACAGCCAGGACAGGUACGAGUUCUCGUCCCACCUCACGCGUGGCGAGCACCGCUUCCACUUGAGCUAAGACCUGGACGCCGCCCUCCUCCUUGCCCGCGGGCUGGGUGCUUCUCAGAACCACCGCGCGCUGGCUGGGUGGGGGUUGGUUUUCUUUUGGGGGUGGGUGGGUUUGGUUGGUUGG